UGCGCUGUUUUUGUGUUUAUCCACAAUCGAAACACCCACAUAGCUUAGAACACACCCACACGGUUCACUUCACACACGCACAACACACAAGAUAUUUUUUGCUUUGCUUAUAUGAGCUGAAAUUUUGCUCCUUUCUUUUUCAGAGAACAUCUACAUGAGAACGGAGAGUGGGUUAUCACUUUCCACCACUGCACAAUCUCAAGAACCACUGCAAAUUUCUGUCUCUGUGUGUGGUUGUGUGUAUGCGUUGGUCUUUUGUGACUGCUACUUUUCAUGGUAAAGUGGAGGGGAAAAGUUAGUUGGACUCUCUCCUCGAACAUCCCUCCCCACUCCCGUAAUGAUACCGUGUCCAAAAAAACUCAACCGGGUCUCUCUCUCUCCCUCUCAGAGCAGGGCUUGGUCGUCAAAAUCUCAUCUUGUUUGCUUAUAUUUUGAAGAAGUCAGAGUAAUUUCUUCAGAUGGUUUUCACAAUGGAAACAAACUGUAGAAUCAGAAAAGGGAAAUGUGCCCUAUACCUUAGGUAAUCUUUAAAUUGUUGCUGAAGUUUAAGUACAUCACUAUGCCCUUUCUCGCUAGCAGGAGCCCUAUUUAUCUCCAAUUUCCAGUCGGAAUAAAGCAGGUUAGCCUUGAGUUUCUUCAGUAAUUAUGUUGUGAUUUCCAAUGCCCUUUUGUUAUACUUUUUUAUUGUGAUCUAAAUUUUCUGUAUGACGUAUCCAGAUAAGGAUCUUUGGAGUAGAUCCCUUGUUAUGGUUCACGCAUUUGAAGGCAACAGGGUUGACCGUGAAGGAAAGUAGGAAUACCAUGAGGAGCAUCUCCCCUGUCAAGUGCUCCCACAAUCGGUCUGGACAACCUAAUUCCAAUCAUGUUGAAAAGAAUGCAGGAAAGAAAGAACACCAUUUAUGGAAGAAAAGAGAUUCAACUAGCUCUGGGCAGAAGGCACUCAAUCUUGUUCGAAUUGUUUCUGGACUUCCAAAUGAGAAAGAGGCUAUUUAUGGAGCACUGGAUAAAUGGACAGCUUGGGAAACUGAAUUUCCAUUGAUUGCAGCUACUAAGGCUCUACGAAUUUUAAGGAAAAGGAACCAAUGGAUACGAGUAAUUCAAGUAUGGCACAUUCAAAACUCUUUUCAAAUUGUUGAGCUUGUGCAGAGGCCUAUGUGUGAUGACAUGCUACAACUUAUGCAAUUUUUGUUCUUAAGUUGCUUUUUGAACUUGCGCUAG